GUUUACACGCGCUGUCUCAGAGGUCACCAGCAUGGCGCUGUCCAUGUUCAAUAUACACUCUGCUUACAUCUCCAUGACUUUUGUGAAUAACUGACUGACACAGUGAUUUAAAAUGAUUUAAUCCUAGCAAAAUUCGAUUCUGCUGGUCCAUAAAAGGAUUAUUUAUUUCUUGAACUAUGUCGGGUUCAAAUGUUUGGACUCGCAGCAGAGCGAGAAUGAGACUCUUCCCAGAGCUGAUGGCUCAGUGCUCAGGAGAGGCCACUGCUUAUGGGAAAUGUGUAGCCGCCACAACCACUGGCAAACAGGAGCUGACCAGAAACAUGUGCGUCAAAGAAUUUGAAGCACUGAAAAGCUGUUUUCAAUCUGCUGCGAAAAAAGCAGUAAAGUGAAGAAUAUUAUGUUGGAGAUUAUUAUAAUUUCCCAGUGAACCAUUUCUCUGUUAAUAUGCAUGACUGUACUGUACAAUAAUGUCUCAAAACAAUAACUCCAUUGUGUACAAAUCUAUAAUAAAGUCUCUUUUUUAUAUAUAAAA